UCAAGGUUAGGCCUCUCAGUCCUCCCGUGUGUGCAGCACAGUUCAUAUAAAAUCCUUCGUAGUCCUUACUGUUUGUGUUGGCUGACGUUGUGUUUUGUCCACUGUUUGACCCUUUCAUACAGAUGGCAAGGCUGUGGCAUCUCCUGCUCCUGUGCUGGACCUUCAGUCCUCUCUGUCUUACAUCGAGUUCAAGCUUCAUUGGGAUGCCACAGCAGUGUAGACAGGCUGACUUUGUCCCUGGUUACAACCUUGGGGGAGAAGGUCUUGACAUCGUCACCAUGAAGAGGAAAGGUGCCUAUGUCAUCGACACCGAAACCUGGAACCUCGGCAAUGACACCUGCAGGCUGUACCCAAACAGCUACAUGAACAGGAAGAUCCAGAAAGUCCCGGUUGCUGUUGUGGACUGGAGAAGCUUCUCCAAGUGCAACCUGAAAGUCUCGAGCAUACUCUACGAUUCUGCUGAAACCCUCGUUAAUGAUUCCACAUCGUCUGUGUCCAAUGACUGGAAGAUCGGCCUCGACAUCCCUGUAGAUCCUUCAGUCACCAUUGGGGUUGGUUUUGGAGGUUCCCACUCCAGAGCAGCAGAAUUUGCCAUGAAAAAGUCAAAAAAAGACCGCUACACCUUUUCUCGCCAUUCCAUCUACUGCAACUUCUAUGGCUAUAGACUGGCAACAAAUCCUCCUUUGAGUCAUGAAUUUCAAUCAGCUGUGAACUCUCUUCCCCCCUACACUGUUAAAACUGGUGUCUUCUAUCGUAACCUGAUUGACACUUAUGGUACACAUUACAUUACACAAGUGCUGCUAGGAGGAGAAAUCAAAGCAAUCACUUCUGUCAGGACCUGUGAGGCAACCAUGAACGGAAUGACGGCGACAGAAGUCAGCGACUGUUUGUCAGUCGAGGCCUCUGCGACCUUUGCACAAACUGCGAGUAUUAAAGCCAUGACAAAACACUGUGAGGCAGAGAAGAAGAAGCUGGGUUCAGGUCACAGUUUCAGCAGCGUAUUUAAUGAGCGUGAGACAGAGGUGAGCGGAGGAAACGUUGAUGGAGUCGAUGUCCUCUUUCAAGGCCAAUCCAACCCCUCUGUCUAUAACAGCUGGCUGAACUCACUGAAAACCACACCCGAUAUCGUCCAAUACAACCUAAAGCCUCUGCACACCAUCCUGCCAAGCGGUCAUCCUGCCAGAGCUGGACUGAAACGAGAGGUGGAGCAGUACAUCAAUAAGAACGCGGUGGUGAAAAAAUGUUCUGAGUCCUGUUUGAUUGGGCACAGAUCUGACAAGAGGGAUCCUUGUGCUUGUGUCUGCAACAGUAACCAGAAUGUCAAGUCUAACUGCUGUCCUGCUGGGAAAGGUCUUGCAACACUUAAAGUAUUCAAGCUUUAUGCUCGGGAUCUGCAUGGUGACAGGUGGACUAAGACAGACGGUUCAGUGUUGGUUAAAUAUGAAGAUCAGACAAAGCACACGGUCAUCAUUAGCAACAACGACAACCCUGAAUGGCCAGAAACGUUUCAGUUUGGACAGAUCAAAAUUAACAUGAUGAACAAACUCACAUUCAGCGUGUAUGAUGAGGACACUUACUGGAACAGCGAGCUGCUUGGUAGCUGUUCAUUCGAUCUCCGCAGUGGGGUGGUGACAGACAGCUGCAUGUUUAAUCAUGGCACCUUCUUCUUUUCCUACAUAGUCCAGUGUGCACCAAGCCUUAGUGGACACCAGUGUCAAGAGUACACUCCCUCACCCAUGAGUCCAUCUUUGGCUGAGAUCUUCCACACCAGAAACGGGAUCCUUGCUGGAAAGUCAGGGAUGAAUUCCACUGCGUCAGUCAGUCAGGCAGGUUGA